AAUCUCGUGCGGAGCUAGGCUUCACCAUACGUCUUCCACGCAUUUGGUGAAGUCUCUUGACGCUCUGUGCCUUCGCUAUGCAGCCCUGUCGGCAAGGAGCUGCUGCUGCGAGCAAACCAGAUGGUGCCACAUACAGCGCCGCGCAGCGGAAGCAGCGGCCGCGCGCGCGCGGCUCGGGCACUGCUGCAGCCGCGGACUGCUCCGAAAUCGCACCAUCCAGCAACUAACGCUGGAUGGGUGCUCAGAGAAGCAGUCUGACAUGCCAGCAAGCCUUACUUGCCCGAGGGCGGACCGGGCUCGCGCGGCAUGUGACGAAUGAGCUUUCCCGCUGGCACUUCCCGCGGCCACAGCAGCGCCCCCACCAGGCUGCACCCCCGGCGGGUCAUGACUGGCAAUUGAGUCAGAAGCCUGCAGCUGCAAACGGCACACGCACGGUGUGCAAGUAACUCCGGGUAACUCCGGGGCACAUAUGGCGGGCGGUGCCUGUACAAACCGACCCCGGCUAUGUCCGGGAGAUGAGGCUAGUAUCGGAACCUUCGGCCUCAGACGGAGGACGUGGCGUGGGCUCAGCCCACUUUUCCUUUGCGAGGGAGAGUCACCUUUUCUUGUCGUUGUCCCGGGGCUAAUUGCUGUACCGUCUGGAUGGGCGCUGCAUGCGGCCCACGUGGUAACGAUCUGCGUCAUCAUCAGAAGUCCGUGCAACCCUGUACAGCUCUUUUUACGCAACCCAGUUCCUGGCAUCAGAUACGGCACCUGUGACGUGUACCUUGGGGCGCUGCCCAUGCGUUGUGCCGUGGCCUGCUCGCUCGGUGCGUCACCUCCCUCCCGGGCUUAGCUGUUAGGUGCUGGCGGGGUCACCCUGGGAAAGGAUCUUCCCCGGAAAAAACUCCGU